UCAGUAUCAUUCAUCGUCUUUACUAUGAAUGACGAAUGAUAUCAUGUCGCUUAUCCGAAAUAUUAUUUUGUCUUCUAAUUUAAAUUUACUCAUUGUUGUAAUUUUUGCAAUUGACCCUUUAUAUCAAGAUAAAGAACAUCUCGACAUAGCCAGAGAAAAAGAGGAAGCAGAACAAGUUGCUUUUGAAAAAAUGUGCGCUAAAUUAAGCAGAGAGCUGUACUUUGACAAAAUAACUGUUAUGAAUAAAAUUUGGGUAUCAGUUUACGCGUGGAAUAAAGAUACUGGGUAUGAAUGCAUGUCAGUGGAAUUCACUCAGCCCACCAAAGAGCAAGUGCGAAACUACUUCAUUGAAAUGCAACAUCACUUAGACAACCAGCCGGACUGGGAAGCGGCGACGCUGGUGAUGACCAUGCGGGCUCAGAAUAGAACCACUCAUACUAUGCUGUAUAGAGAUCCCAGCGGACCCCCUGGCACCUUCCAUGCUGUGCCUACUGCUGAAGUAUUCACUUACAUAGAAUCAGAAUCUGUAGAGGAGCUCCCGUUAGUGAGCAUCAAUCUACAAAUCUUACAGACUAGUGACGAGAAUUGCAAGGACCAAAUAUUCUUAUACUUUAUUUACUGCAAAAUUGGUGUUGUAUUAUAUACUUCGGUAGCUCAUAGUUGUCCGUCCAUGGCGAUGAUCAAUAAUGUAGCUAAAAGUACCGCACUAACAGGAGGACACCAUUCUUGUCUCAAUUAUUUGAAAAUGUCACCCUUUGCACGUCUGCGUAUGCAAUGAAAUUAUUCUUACUGUUUAUUCAAUAAAGCCCUGACAAUGUUA